GCGAGGUCGGGUGCAUGGCCACGCUCUCCUCCCUCCUACUUGACUAACUGGCGCCCGUACCUCCUCCUCUCAACUGCUUUUACUCAAAUGGUGGAGAUAUCAGGCCUAAGUGAACGAUCACAAAAUUGUUAAUGGAAAAGGUGCAAUUCAAGACGGUCAUUAGAACAAACGCUAAAAUACAAACUCUGUAUUGAAGAGACUUUGACUUGUGCAUGCUUGCGAGUUGAUUGAGACCAGUGAAGAUGGAGAGCCCGUCUUACCUAGCGGAGGAUUCAGCCUUCCUGGACACGCUCGACCUGCCCUCCAGUGAGCUGGAUGUUCCAAGCCGGAGACAGGUGCCCGUGUCUCUGGCCAUGUCGAGUAUGAACAGUGGAGGAGGUCACCAUCAGUUUCAGCAGCAGCAACAGCAGCAGCAGCAUCAACAUCAACAUCAACAUCAACAUCAACACCAACAGCAGCAGCAACAACAGCAGCAGCACCAGCAGCACCAACCACAACACCAGCAGCAGCAACAGGCCGUCCAUAUCCAUACCCAUGCUCGUGGCCCCUCUUCCAUGAUGUGUGCCGCACCAACACAACCCCAUCACACACACCAUCUCACUGGUAGCCAUGUGCAGUCCCCACCUCACCAGAUGGGUGGUGCCAGUGGUGGUAGUUACAGCAACAUUCCCCGCCUCCAUCAUUGCAACGUUCACUCCUUUCUUUGUUCUAACCCGCCUCUCCAUCAUCAGUACCAGAUGAAUGGGGGUUGCCUUGGUCCACAGCACCAUUAUGCCCCGAUGGUGCCACCGGGUCAUCAUGCCCCUGGUCCUCUCCUGGCACCUGGUGGACCACCCCAGCUGAUGGCUGCUGCUCCUCAGCCUCCACACACCCACACUUCCUUGUAUGGCCAGGCUCCCAUGGCAGUGGCUCCCCCACAGGCCGUCCCCACCCACCUCACAGCUGUCCCCGGACAACUGUCUGCACCGCCACAAAGUCUGGGAGUGAGUGUAGCUCCUCAGCUGCCACCUCAGCACCAUCACCACACCCACCAACAACCCACGCCUCCAUUGGUCACGCCUUUCCCUGCCCACACUCACCUUCAUCAACUUCAUCAUUUACAUGCAAGCAGUGGAAGUGCAGGUAGUGCACGAGGUGCCAGUGUCGACAUGCUAGGACGGGGGCUCUAUCGUGGUCCAGGCCAAGGUCACGUACUCGGUCGCAUGAGAGGACCAAGAGGUAGCAGUGGUAGUAGUCUGGGAGGCGCGAGACGCAGUAGUUCCAGCUGGCGAGGGAAUACCAUGCCACCAGCUGCCCCUCCACCUCCUCCACCCCCACCUCUUCCUAGUGCUGCUGCAGCGGCAGCCACAUACCCUGGCAUUCUCUUACAUUUCUUGGCAAUGUUGUCACAUCCAUCGCUACACCAAUACAGCGUGGUAGACCCAGUGCCUGCAGAAGCUCCAGACACAGAGAAUUAUGAGGCCCUACUACAUCUGGCAGAGAGACUAGGCGAGGCCAAACCUAGAGGCCUUAUGAAGACCGUGAUUGACCAGCUCCCGUCCUAUAGGUAUACUGGGGAGAAGUCCGACACUAAACAGACAACAUGUGUAAUAUGCAUGUGUGAUUUCGAACUGCGGCAGAUGUUACGCGUAUUACCAUGUCUGCAUGAGUUUCAUACCAAGUGUGUUGAUAAGUGGCUCAAGGAGGGUGGCGUGCCUUGUGCCGUAUACCACUGCUGGCUGCUUGCAUGCUUGCAGUAUCAUGAUGAUGGCCUUUUUGGUGCCUGCAGUCAAACCGGACUUGCCCAAUUUGCCGUGGGGAUGCCAGCGAGUAUCUUAAAGAAGCGACCAGUUGUGAGUGAAGAAGGUUGAAGCAUGAGGAAAGCAGAGAGCCAGAGAAGAUUACUGGAAAGAUGAUGAAGGGCUAGUAAAACUCAAGCCAAUGGUAUUACUGUCACAUGGAGUCUCUUGAGUAAUCUUUGUCUCAAGGAAGAUGAGCUUUUCUCUCUCUUUAGUUGGAACCUGAUGACAGGUUUUUCAGUAACAAGUCAAAUCUGUGCUUGUCCUAUAGAGGUGUGAGUGGAACCGGCCAUGUGUCCACCAGAAGUGAGAGAGGUGUUGGAGGAUUUGUUGCCCACCAAAUGGCAUCAAAAGAAGGUUCUUUCUCUGUAUGGUCUUUUAUGUGUUGCACUUGGAGCUUGAGGUGGAGGAUUUGAGCUAACUGCAAGUGUGUGAGGAAGCUAAGUAUUGCUUUCAGUAACAAGAAUAGGAUCCCAACAUUCACUUUUAUACCAGUCUUAAUGAGUUAACUUCCCAAAGCUGACCGCGUAUGUGCAGUGUGCAUAUCUGAUUGUUCACAGGACGAUGGUUAACCUUCCCUUGUUGUUCUGUCCAAGGCUUUGUUUGUCUAGGGCUCCACAGGAGUUUAUGUUGUUAGCUGUCCAUUUUCUGUGUUUGCCUUCAUGUGAUGAGGCUGUGUCUGCAACAUUAGUCCUUUGACCCAUGGUGUCUUAGAAUUUGCCAGGGAGUUUUUCUCAUUUGUGUUGUGCAUGAAGAUAUAAUGGAUAAUGUUUACUUAAAAAAGACCCAUAUUGUUGUGCUAUGCAGUAUAUAAUAAUUCCUCAUUUUGAGGCUUAUUCUUACUGGCAAAGAAAGUAGGAUCAUGUGUGAUAUUGUGGUCAAAAGCUUAACCAAUUCCAAGAAAAACAAAAAAAGCAAAUAAAAAAGCAAGCAACUCCAGUGUUAUCCAGUUUUGACAUAUGUGGAACACCACUGUAACUUGGCUGCAUGUUUAUUCAGCUUUAGACCUUCAGUAUUGAUGUUAAGUGCUUGAAAUUCAAAAUUUUGACUCAAAACUUUGUUAUUGAUCUGUGUUGUCAACCUAAAUGGUUUCUUGAAUCAUCUUAAUACUGUAGUACUUUGCUGAAUAUAUUAGUGAUGGUACAUUGAUUAUAAAAUGUUAUCACCAGUACGUCCAGUAGCAUAGUAAGCAUAGUACCAAUCUCUAGGAAUUUGACUUGUACUCAAGAGAUGUUCAUGAUCUAGCAAUAUACAGUACCUGUAAAACUACCUGUCAAGCAGGCGAUGAGUCACAAUAACAUGGCUGAAGUAUGUUGACCAGACCACACACUAGAAGUUGAAGGGAUGACGACGUUUCGGUCCGUCCUGGACCAUUUUCAAGUUGAUUAACAGAAUGGUCGACUUGAGAAUGGUCCAGGACAGACCUAAACGUUGUCAUCCCUUCAACUUCUAGUGUGUGGUCUGGUCAACACUACCUGUCAAGGCAUGCACUGAGAGUAGCAUUUUUUGGAGACGAGCUCAUUUUGUAUUUUUAAGCCUAGGAGCAUGACCAAGCAGCCUGGCCAUAUAUUUUUAUUUACAUAUAAUUAUUCGCUUACAUAUAUACAGCAGCAUUAAUUCCGUGUGUGUGUGUAUGUAAAGCGUGCAGUUAAUGAUAGCAUUACAUGGUAGUAUAUCAGCUAGAGUGUUUACAGCUCUUGAGUAUGGCUGGAGUGUCCCAGAAGGUGUCCAGUGCUAUUUAGUACCUCCCUAAGCAUGCUAUACUUGUUUUAAAUUGAGGAAAAUAUAAAUGAGAGGAAUACUCAGAUUGUGCUUGUAGUUUAAGAAGGAUAUCCUUGAAACACACCAAUUAUUUGCAAUAGUUCUUCGUGUGGUGGACCAUUAUUAAUCAGACAAGACAGACAGACUGUACUACAGGAAGCUUUGAGGGAAUGUUUUACCAUAACUAACAAGACAUUGUAGUUCUUACGUUCUAUUACUCUCAACUAGAAUAUAAUGACAAAAUUAAAUUUUUAUGUACUAACAUUGCAAGACUUAUUUUCAUUUAGAGCUUAGGACUCUGGGCAAAUAUUUUCAAGGAUUAUACAAAGGGUUAAUAUUUUUAUGCUAAUGGGGGUUUCUGUGCUUAAUUAGUUUCUGAAAUUUCUUUAAUUCUUAAUAUUUUCCACUUGCUUCUUAGGCAAUUAGAAAAGGUGUACAAUAUUCUUCUGAUCUUUAUCAUUCUUAUUAACCUCUAUAUUUGAAACCACUUUUGUGUAUAAUUAGCCUGAUCUUUCAUCAGUUAUAUGAAGUAUUCUCUCAUCAUUUUUGGUGUUUGUCCCCUCACAUUAGCAGAAAAAACAAAUGCCCAUCUCACAGCCUCAGUACUUGAAAUACAGACUAUUGCUUAACUUUUGUUGACUUUCUCUAGUUUGGGGAGGUUAUGUAGUUACAUAUCCAAGGUGUUUCACAUCUGAAAAAAUCCAUGUUUUGUAUAUGAAGAGAUGAGAUACUGUAUUAAGGCAGUCAUAUUUGUGAUAAUCCAUGUUUAAGCAUCCAUUUUCUAUCACGAUUCCACACUCCGUUUCCACGUUCCACUGCCUUCCUCGUAUUCACCACAAAUGCUUCCACCUCACACAGUGAACUAUGCUGGCCAGACGGCUCUCGGGCAGAGUACAUGGAGGGCUGCUCAUGUCUCACUGUUUUUGGGCAAUUUUAUGCUGUCGUGCAGUUGAUGUAUAAUUCAGGUAUUAUUGCUUAACAGUGUUUGAGGAGACAAGCCAAACAGUUCUUGAUGUACUGAUGCCACCAGAGUUGGUAUUUCCAAUAAUUCUUAGGCUACUCAGUUUAUUAAUAUGUAAAGUGCUUCUUUUAAUAAUAGCUUGAUUAUUUUCCCCAAGGUGAAGGAUAAGUGUCAUGGUGGGAGAGCCGUCUCCAGCAUAUGUGUAGGUUCACUCAGUGUGUUUUGUACAACCAUGUGCCUCAUUAUUUAGUGUAACUAGCAGCAUCUCUCACAUGUUCGAAUCUGAAUGGUGCUUGUACCAUCAUGUGCUAUUAUUAGGAAAGAAUGACUUGGUUUGCUUUGGCAAGUUUAAGGGGAUAGAAAUCUGUUAAUUUUGAAGCAUCGAAUGUACAGUGUGAUAUAACUGCAGGUCAGUGAGAGAUAUUUGCCAACCAUGAAUUAAUAUAGUACAGUAUAUAUAUUUAAUUUUAACACAAACAUUACAUGUCUUUCAUGUGAGGGACAAAAGCAAUUCAGUAUACCUGCAAAGUUUUCUUUCAUGUGAGAGGAUGCUGCAACUCUCAAUGUUGGUGCCCCUCCUUGCUGUGUUUAGAGUCAGUCAUUUUUGGGCCAGGUGUAGAGCUUGCUUCAUAUUGCAUGAUAUUCCCUCAAUUCAUGAAAGUGUUAGGGCUCAGAUAAAAUUGAAUCUGAUGCAGGUUUCAUAUUUGUGAUUUUAUCCAUGAAAUGUUAUGAUAAUGCUUACAUUACUUUAUACUCAAGAGGUAAUGUAGGUGUUUUAUUAGAGACAUCCAUAGUACAUAAUCACAAUUUUGUUUCAAGAUUCUUGCAUGGGAUCCUUUUAUCAUCUGAAGGACUGUUUAGGAUUGGAUAUGUAUUCGUUGUUGAUGUCUAAUUGUGAAGGUUUGCUAAUCUGCAGUAGAGAUGUGACCUUGAUAUAUUGCUAGGGAGAGAUUUUGCACCUUGUUGGAAGGGCUCCAUGUUUGGGAGAUUCAGCUUCAGCCCAAAUCUGAAGAAGACAAACUUGACAUGUCCUUCAUAUUGUAUAUGUAUUGGCUUGAACUGUAGAUGCCUUGAGCUGCUCAUGUGUAGUUCUUCCCUUUUACUGUCAAGCUGGCCUUUUAUACAUGUAUUCUGUAGGCACUAUACUAAAUGGCUCAUUUAUCCUGUUGUGGCCCUCUGUAGUUAGGUAGUGUUUUACUUUACUGUAUGGUAAAUCUCACUUUGCCAAAUACUUCCACAUUUCCCUCUUCAUCUUUUAAGUGAUAGAAAGCAAUACAUCUCUAGUUUUUAGCCUGAUGAGAAAAAUGUUUUAUUGUAGUUUUUUAUCACCACUGGAGGGUUUCUAGAUUUUUACUUUUAAUUCUAAUAAUGUGUGGUGCUCCCUACCUUGCCUAAUAGGUGAAGUUAUUAUUCAUAUCUUGGUGUAAAACUUUUAUUCUAAAAGGUGUUUUACUAAUUAUAAAUUUCAGUUUAUCUAAGGAAGUAGUCAUAAGACUCAUUUUAGCAUUCCACAGCAUUAUGAGUUCAUCAUUUGCAUUGUUAUUUUCAUGCAAAUGAAGCACAAGAUCAAUGUUGAGUUCCCCUAUUAGGCACAUGUGGGGAUGCCAGUGUGUGUAUAAAGUAUUAUGGCUUGAUGUUCAAAGCUCACGGUAUUCUACUAUAUAUACUACCUCAGCCUUAAACAUGCUAAGCACAAUAUUCAUAAGUUGGACAGUUCUCGAUAGUGUCAGAACUAACGACCAGGUUAAAAGUUUUACAACAAGUUUAGUAAUCCCAUGCAAACCAUGGUCAUGUUUCCAAUAACAGUGUGUGGUUAUAUGAUGAAAUUUUUUAUAAUCCUUGGACACUGCUCAUGUAACCAAGGACAGCAAAAAAUACUAAGUAGUUAAGGUCAGCAUACCACCACACACUGUUAUGGAAAAUAAACCUUGUGUGAGUGAACACCUUUUUUUCUGUCAGCAGCAGUACUGCAAUUGCCAGUUGAUUAUGCUGCAACAGACACUGCCUUGUAAAAAAAAUAAUAAUGGUAAAAUGUGAAUAAUAACAAAAUUUGGGCACUACAUUUAAUUGAAGAUAUUGCUGCUAACAGAGGUGUGGAAGUAGGAUCACGAAUGAAGCUACAGGCAAGUAGUGGUGACAUGUAGUGUGAAGCAAACUGCAUUUAUGCAAAGCUAUAUUUUGAUCAAUGAAAGGACAUAACUUUAAAAUGUAGGUGUGCAUAAAUCUUUUGAGCUGCAAGAAACAAAUAUUGCUUGUCCUAUACCAUACCUGUAGUGGCUCCUUCGUGAUCCCUGCUCUGCUUGUGUGCUAUCUUGGGUCAAUUCCUAAAAGUUGUGGUGUGGUCAGUGUGAUGUGGCGGCCAACUGCUGUCUCCCUAACUAAUGUUUGAUUAAGUGUUCAAAUGUGGUUGAAAACUUUUUCACUUCUUGAAAUCUUUUUUAGCAUUUUUUCUCUCCACUUAGCAAAUGCAGCACUUUCUUUCUACUUAUAAGAGGUGAUGCCAAUUUAACACCAUUUAAUAUAUAUAUAUAUUUGAACAUGUCCAUUAUUACUAUGACUACUUCAAUAUUUAAAAAUAAAUCAAAACCUUUACUCAAGUCUAAAAACUUUCAUAAAAUAAAUAAAUGGCUAUGCUAUUGAACAUGCAGAAAGGGUUAGAUUAAUGAGUCUAACAGGAAGUAUCUCUAUAUUUCUUAUGGUGUCACAUUAAUGUGUGGUCUACCUGGCCAUUUACACUUUAGCAUGCUGUCUACCUCAACCUAACCAAAGCCACAACACCUACCUAGCUACUUACACUUAUGUGUGCAGUCUACCGAACCUAACUUGCACCGGCUGAGGUCUCGGUAGACAGGUCAGGUCAUUACACAGCAUAGACUAUGGAUACUGCAGUAGACUGUAUACUAAAGUGCACCUUUCUUAUGUUUAUCUUCCCUUGAGAAGGAAGUGGAAAAAUUAAUUCUCCAAAAGUUCAUUUUAUAGUUUUAUUAUGCCUUAUUGCUUAGAGAUGCGUUUCAUUGACCAUCGACAUUUUAAAAAGCAGAGUACAAAUGAAUACAAUUUGGUCGUAGUAGCUGAAUAUAUAACUAAAAGUAAGGUGAAGUGUCGUAUGAGCCAAUAGGCCCACUGCAGCUUACCCAUCUAUGUUUCUGUAAUGGUUGGAACAGUAUAUUGGACACUGUUUUGGUCUUGAAGAUGGUAGAGUGUAACAGUGUGUCAGCUGGCUGUUGAUGCUUGGCUGAAUUUGCUUGAUAUGUAGUGCCUCGCCGAUGUCCAAUCUUCUAUUGUCGUUGUAUCUGUAGAUAAUUUUAGAUUUGCUUGUUAGAUCUCUGGUGAUGAUCUGGUUGUGUGUAGAGACCAUAUGUUCUUUGAUGGGGUCUUGCUGUUUGUGCAUGUUCAGGCGCCUUGAAAGGGAUGUUAUCUUGCCUAUAUACUGAGAUCGUUGAGGUUCACAGUCCGUAAGUGGGCAUGUGAAGAUUGACAACAUUCAUCUCUUUAAAGGCAUUUCGUUUGGUCAGGAGAGUUCUUCGUGAGCAAGUUAGUGGUCUUCUUGCUCUUACCUUGAGGUUACCUUGAGGAGUUUCCGGGGCUUAGCGUCCCCGCGGCCCGGUCGUCAACCAGGCCUCCUUAUAGUACAUUAUUAACUCAGUCUAAUGGUUGAUAUUGGGAGGGGUCACAUUUCCAUCAAUAAUGUCUUUCAGGACUUUUUCCUCCAUUUUGUGAACCGUUUAAGAGAAGUUCUGGUAGAAUAUUUUAAUGUGUGAAACUGGUGAUGUAUUGUUGUCCAUUUUGUCAGAGGUAGAAUGGCGGUUCACCUUCCUUUUAAUUAUUUCUGACACAUUCAUACGUGUUUCCAUUAUUGACUAGGACCCCUCAACCUGCUUCUAACUAGAGCUGUGUGAGAGAGCAUGGGUCACAUAGGCUUUGAUAACACACUCCUUGUAUCUUUCAGGGCACUCGCUACUACCAUUAAGGCACAUUACUAUGCUUGUUUCCUUAGUAUGGACUGCACUGUGAUGGCCAUCAUGCCUUUCUGAGGCUGUUACGUCUAGAAAAGGCAGCUUACCUUCACUCUCCAUCUCGUAAUUGAACCUUAGCACUGAGCUUCGCUCAAAUGCAUCCUUAUACUGUAGCAAGUGCUCAAUAUCAGCAAGUGCUCAAUAUCGGGCACCAGUAGGAAUAUGUACUUACAGUAGACAUCCAGUUUUAGACUGGAAACACUAAGGAGCCCAAUAUAAGAAUACAGUAUGCCUUAAUGCUAGUUGUGACUGCCCUGGUAGAUACAAGUGGAGUAUUUUCGAUGCCCAUGUCCACCGUGCUCUCUCUCAAGGCUCCAGUUGGAAGAAAUGUGACAAGGAAUUUCGUUUGAGUAAGGCAGGUGCUAGUCAAUUAUGGAUACUCUAAAUAGAUAUGUUGAAGUAAUAUUUAAAAGAAAGGCGAGCCAUCAUUCUAACUGAUGAAACUGCCAACAAUACAUAACCAGUCCCUCCUCAAAUAUUCUACAGGAACUUUUUCCAUGGUUCACAUAAUUGAGGAAAGAGUCCUGAAAUACAUUAUUGACAGAAAUGUGACCACUAAUGACACCAACCAUAAGAUAGUUAAUAAUAUACUACAAGAGCCAGGGAGACCAACUUGCUCAUUAAGAAUUCUCUUCAUACCAUAACAAAAUACCUUGAAAGAGAGAAAUGUUGUCUAUGCAUUCACAUGCCCACUUGAGGACUGUCGGCCCCUCUGAUCUCAGUAUAUAGGCAAGACAACAAUUAUUUUUUCCCAAGGUGCCUGAACAAGCAUAAACAGCAAGGUCCCAUCAAGGAACAUACGGUCUCUGUACACAACUAGAUCAUCACCAGAGAUAUCCUGACAAACAAAUCUAAAAUAAUCGAGUUAUAAUGACAAUAGAAGAUUUGACAUCAGCAAGGCACAUCACGCAAAUUCACCCAACCAGUAACAACAUCAAACACUUCAUUACACUCUGCAAUCUUCUAAACCAAGAAGAAACGUCCAACAUACUGCCUCAGCCAUCACUGAAAUACAAGAACAAGUUUUGAGUAAGCUGCAGUGAGCCUAUUGGUCCAUGUCACCCCACUUUUGGUUUAUAUUCUACUGCUUCAGCCAAAUUAUAUUCACAUAUUUCUACUCUGCCUUUGAAAAUGUUGAAAGGGUCCUAUGAAACACAUCUAGCACCAGGCCAUAAGGAAACUAAAAUUAACUUUGGAGUUAAUUUUUCAAUGUCUACAGGUGAAGAACAUAUGAAAUAUAGAGAAGAUUUAUGCUAGAAUCAUUGAUCUAGCAUAAAUCAUAUAUGAUCCUUUGUCAUAUUCAAUAUGAUGUCUACAUGAUAGACUGCUACCUAAAUAUACUAUUAUAUGUAUGUUUGUGUGUGUACGUAUGUGGAAUAACUACAUAUGAAAUAAACGACAGCUGGAGCAUUUUCGACCUUUGUGAGGUCUUUCGUAAUAGUUUGAAUGACACACACACACACACACCAGAGGAGUGCAUGAGAAUGGAAGCAGUAGGUGGAGAGUGAGCACAAUCGGACACAAGCCACCGUGGCCUAGGUAAACACUCAGAGCACUGACCAGAGAUGUGGAUUAAAGGCUGUUGAGAAUGACCUGACAAGGGUAGAAAGCACUUCAGCUAUUAUUUCUUAUUUCAUAUGUGGUUAUUUCACAUUUAAUAGAUCAGCAUUUAUUAAUCUACACACACAUAUAUAUACAUACACAUACAUACAUACAUACAUAUACACAUACAUAAGUAUUCACUUAAGAAAAUAUAAGACAAAUAUUCUGAGCACUUUGAUGGUAUUACACAUUUUCAAGGAGUACAGUAGACAGAUAACACAUGGGUGUAGGCUUAUAUAACCCCCACACCUGAGUACAUUAAGAAACAUAAACAUACCAUCAAAUAAUGGAAGUGACAUGAUGGAAAUGGGCCAACUGAAGUUUUCCCAUACGUCUGGGAGUAAGCCACCUGCAACUAUAUUCAUUCUUUACAUAAUUUUACCCCUUCAUGAAUCUUACAAUUAUAAAACUUAAUAUUACCUAAUUCACUACUUUUAUAAAUGAAGGUUCAAUAAUAUUUCUUUCGCUAACAGGUUUACACUUAACCCUUUCACGUUUUUUGCCCCCCAUACCAAGUUUGGACCGGUAGCUUGGGCCAAGCACAAAUUGCUUAGCGAUAGUUUACUUCCAACACAUACUGCAAAGUUACUGUGCAUGAUAAAGUGUUCAAUUUGGUAUCUUUUUAAGCUAGAGAGUUGUACUUUAUGAUGGUAUUUGCAAUUCAAAAAUGCAAUAAAAGCAAAAUAAAAUAACAAAAAAGGGUAGUUAAAGUUAGCAUGACAACUACAGCCAUCAUCUGAACCGUCUGGCAUUUUGAGCAAUUGACGACUGUAGGCAUCACAAAAAACAUUAAAUGUUUAGUAAUUUUGCAUGAAUUAGUCCGGUCAGUUGAAUGAUUACACACGCUUGAGUUGAGAAACUAUGUAAUUUUUCUUUUGACCUAUCUUUAUGCCAUAUGUGUGUUUUUAUUUUUUGGUCUAGGUGUUUACCAGUUUGUCCCAACAGAAUUCAUUGCAUGGAGUAUUAUAUACACACAUAAGCCACACUCUUGUAUUAUGUUUUUGUUGUUUACACCUUGAAAAUGUGUUAGAUCACAAAAGAGUGCAGAAUAUUUUAAUUUGAUUUCUCCUGAGUGGAUACAUAUGCAUAACUAUUUCUCUAAAUAUUCUUGCAUGCAUGCAGCAUGCAUACAUACAUGCAUAUAUCCACGUACAUACAUAUUCAUACACACAGACAGCCAUAUGAUUUCCAGAACCCCCACUUACUAGGAUAUGCCGGUUUCUUAGAUUGUUCGAAUAAAACUAAUGAUUAAGUGCCAAGAGUGAGAAGUUGACAAGGCAUCACAUCAUUUGUUUUAGUUUGUGGUGCAGUACUGGAGUGUUCAUUCCCGUAAUUUACUUGGAAAUAUAAGCAAAAUUUGUUUAAGAGAUGGCUUCUACUACUAGGAAGCCUAAGAGAAAACAUUCAGUGAUAAUCUCAAGGAAGAAAGAAGAUACACAUGUGGAAAUGGGUAAGGUGAAGGGUCGAAGGAAUAUUGGAUCAAUCAGAGUGUAAGGAGUAGGGGAAUAAGGUAGUGAGCCAAUCAAACAUUGGGUAAGGUGUUUUGGAAAACUCUAAAAACAUUGAUCUGGUACUCUAGGUGGGCAGGGAGACCUCGGUAGAGAUGUCAUUAUCACCAGAUAAAGACAUCUCUAUCGAGGUCUCCCUGCCCACUGAGAGUACCAGAGUUUUACACAAGGCCUUGCCCAAUGUUUGAUUGGCCCUUUUCCCUUAUUCUUACUCCUUACCCUCUGUUUGAUUGCCACCAUAUUCCUUGAACUCUUCACCUCAACCAAUAUAACUUCACCCCUUCCACAUGUAUAUUUAAUUCAUAAUUGCACCUUAUGUAUUCAUUCUUUGCCUGAAGUUGCUCGAGAGUGAAAUGAAAUGUUGUAGAAAACAAAUCCUUCAAUCAUUACUAGUUUCUUUACCAUGAACUUUGAUAAUUUGAUUGCUCUUCUUAAUACAGAUACUAAGAAUAGAGUUAAAAGCAUAGAAACCUUACACUAUAAUAUCAACAAUGCAGUGAUAUUUAACUAAAUAUAUAUGCAUACAUACAGUAGUAGUCAAAAGUAUGUGCCACCCUAAUUGAGCCAGUUCAUAUAUAUGGCUAAAAAAAAAGAAUGGUAGUAUUAUGGGUGAAAGAUUGUAGACAAAUGUAUGUGCCAGGUACAUGACAUCAUGGUGUGCAAUAGCUCACUAUGAGUGCUCAGGGCAUUCAUAGUGAGCAGUAGUGUUGGUUGUAUAUUAUUAUGUCACCUACCAAGGAACUAAGCAAAGAAACCAUUGCUUAGAUCAUUGCUUUAUCAUCAAGCAGGUCACCAAAUUAAGGAAAUAAAUUACUUAUUGGGUAUUGCCAAGUUGACAUGAGGAAGUAUUGUGCACGUUUCUGAGGGGAAACAGUGAUGACACCAUCAAAGAAACAUUGGUCUGGUUAUCCCAGGGAGAUGUCUUCAAGGUCUGUGAAUGUUCUAAAACAUUUAUUGGAGAGUAGCCUUCUUGUUAAUGCAAAGGUAGACCUUGAAGUCUAACUGGGACAAUCAGACUGAUGUUUCUGUGAUGGCAUGACAUCGGUGUUUCCCUCUCGAAAAUGUGCACAAUACUAUAUCUCCUAUCAACUUGACUAUAACCACCAAUUAAAAUAUUUUAUUACUUUGGUGGUCUUCAUCCUUUGAAGCAAUGAUCUGAGAAAUAGUUUCUUAAUUCCUUGGUGACAUAAUAACAAUGCCAUACCACACAAACUGCUAAUAAGUGCAAACAAUAAUGGAUGGUCACGGAUCAAAAUGCAAGACACUCACGAUGACAGCCUGGAGGCCACUGGCUCGGGUGUUGUAGUCAGCAGGGAACUAAUGCCUGCUGUGACAUCAUGCAGCUGUUGCAUACUUCCCUCUAAAAUCUUUCAUCCAUAAGAUUAUCUUUUUUUUUUUUUUUUGUCACGAAUUGUGGCCGCCUCAAGCAGGGUGGCGCAUACAUUUGAGUAGACUAGUACUGUACAUAUAGUACAAUUUGAGUAGACCAUACUGUACAUUCGUACCUAAUAGUCAGAGUUGUCUAACAAACCAAAUUUGUAAUCUGUAGGACCUCUCCCUCUAGAUCGCCAGCAGGGUUUUCUCACAUCUACCAUAGAACUGAGGGCUGUGUCACUGGCUUACUGUGAGCUACUUUCUCCUUCUCCCCAAAUGAGCAGGGAAGGUGGGGCAAAUGAGCUGGCACUUGUUUUGAAACUUUUUGAUCGUUUGUUUACAUUGUUGAGGAGUUCUUCUGGCAGUUUGAGGCUGUGGUCUCUUCUUUAGCCAGGUGUGUUUUGUGUUGUCUCGCUAACUUUCUGGGUGACUUCCCUGGUGGUGGCAUAAAUAAAUAUAUAAAUGUCACUGUUCCCUUCACCUCUGAGGGGGGGGGGGGGGGGGGCUGGGUUCAGGCUCUUUGGUCUCUGGUAGGCCAGAUAAGACUGCAGCUGAUGUGACCCAGUAGAUGUUACACUGUGGGUGAUAGUAGCUUCAGAGAGCUACAAGGGGCUUCCCUCAGAAAGGAAGCUUAACAAUGCACACCAAAUCCUUCCAUUCUAGGCCUGUAUGAAAGACUAUACAUUCACACUUAAAUGUGUCAUGAAAAUACAUAUAACACUCACCUCUUUAACUGAGCUGGUUGUCAUUGGAAGGUGGUUGGAAGACAGUGUCUAAUUUUAGCUCUGAUGAAGUGACCCAGAACAGAAGGCUGCUUGUCUGGGAGUACAUCAGAAUGCUGAUCUGGGUGUAAUCAGUCAGGUGCCAAGUGACUUGUACUCCCUCAAGGCUUUCACAUUUACUCACGCUUUUCUUAUUACACUUCCUAACCUAACAUAAUUGGCACUAAUUCAUGUUACUAAUAAAAUAUAUUGUUAUUGAGAAAAAUUAACCGAAAAAAGAAAAUUAAUAGAAAAUUAAAAGAAUUUAAAGAAAAAAGUUGGAAGGAUAUACUUGUACAGUGCAUAUGAAAAUAACAAAUUUGGGCUACUAAUUACAAAUAAUAACAAUUUGACCUGUCUGUUAGGCAAAUUGGACUUUGCUUACUAGGCUAAGUUGUGUGGUUUGUCCCUAUUAGAUACAACAUUUUAUAUAUAUAGUUGUACCUAAUAGACAAAACUGCAUUAGUUAACCUAGCUAAGAAGGUCUAGUUUGCCUAACAGGCCACAUUUUUUAUUAUUUUAAAACAUUUUCCAAAUUGGUUCAUUCCUGACAAUAUCAAUUUAUAAGCGACUUGAAUUACUGACUUAAGUUAUUUUAGGUUAAACAGGUUGGGUUCAACUUGUCCUGAGGCUAGGCUCAUCCAACCAGUGGUUGACCCCAAUAAUGUAUUCGUCAAUUUUAACAUGAUGCAAAUUUAAAAUUUGUAUUCUCUCAAAUAUAGGUUAAUAUUAUUAUAUGUUAGAAUUACAUUCUAACAUGACAUUUACACUGUCCAUUCUUGGACACUUACAGAGGUGCGGUUUGAGCAAAAGACAUUAAUGAAGCACUUUUUGAGGAAAGUUCAUACACCAUUGUGAGUCAUGUCUAAAGUGUUUUUCAUUCUUAAACGGAAUUUGGCAGGUGGAUUAAUGAGCAUUCAUCAUUUGUUGAUUAGGAUGAGUUAGGCUUGGUUUGUCACCUAUUAGUAAUGACUUAAAAAAAUAUUGCAUUACUUUUUCAAAACAAAAACUUUUUCUAUGAGAAAAUUGUUUUGAAAAUUUGUCUAGUUAGGCAACUCUGGCUAUUAGGCAUAUAUAUAUAUAUAUAUAUAUAUAUAUAUAUAUAUAUAAAUAUGAUUGUACAUAUGAAAAUCAGAUUGGGCAUCUUGUUUUGCCAUUAUACAUUUAUGGGCUUUACUCAAAAACGUUCAUGGAGGUUUAUUAAAUAAUAAUGAUUAGGCAAUGAAACAUGAUCAUUUAAGCUGUCGAGCUCCAUCAUAGUACAAUAUACGAGAUGAUGGCUUAUGUACAUGCAUCCACAAUAUUUUCGCUUUCAUCAGGCAGCCUGUAACCCCUCACUUAGUCUCCAUUGUAAACACUAGUAGCUGUACGUUAUUUUUUUAUACUUUUAUUUACCCAUAUUUGAUUAUGCUCACAUAAAAAAAGUAAAAUUUUAGCAUAAAACUUCUAAUCCUAGUAUUAGAUAAAAAACAUGAGAAAAAAACGGGGGAGAGAGAGAGAGAGAGAGAGAAAGGAUAAUGUACCACUUUCAGUAGUGUAUGGAUGGUAGAGCAGGCGCUUAUCCUCCCACAUGACACCCGUCUUCUGCUAACACCACUUGCAUUUUGUACAUUAAUUUGCUGAAUUGUUAUUGAUCUAUUUUUUCUAGAUUUAAUUUAUUUUUCAAUACAAUAAAUUUGUCAGACAAAAUAUCUCGCCGAGUAUAAUGGUUGAGAUAGCAAUUUUCACUCCCUUAUCCUUUAGUGUGUGUGUGUGAUCCAAGUUAAAUAUACUUUUAACAAAAAAAAUAUGUUUUUGCUUAUUUUGGCAGGCAGAUAAUUACAAAAAAUCUUUAAUUAUUUACUUUAUUGAUUGAAUAUUGAAAGUGUUUAGAUCAGAUUCAAUUCCGAUAUGCUGAUGGUAUUGAUAAUGGUAGUUUGGCAGCACCCCAGGUAGUGCAGAUGUAAUGCAUGCUUCUUGGUUGCAUAGAUCACAUUUCGUCCUUAUUUCUCAGAGAUCCGGUGCCUGGGAUCUGUAUUAGAUGAGGAUCAUUAUAUACUGUAUAUAUACUAUAUACUUUUCUUACAAUGGUUUUUCCAUAAUUAGGACUCGAUGGCACAAAUGCCGCCACACACUCAAGACCGUGGGCCCUAUGUUACCUGCCUUCAAAUGGCUCCUCCAAGUAACAGGGGCAGAAUUCUUUAUAGCACCCAAAGCAGCAGUAAAAAUUUAUUUAGAUUUCUGUAUUUGCAGAACCUAUUACUAAAUGUUAAUGACCUCUUGAAGUGUUCAGCUUUUAUGUGGUGACAAAGAAUUCUGGUUAGCAUUAAUGGUAUUAACCCUGUGUAUGGAGAUUGUUUUCAGUAUACAAUAAUUACCAUGUUCAUAUAUAUUUUUUUAAAGAUGAGCCUUUGGUUUUAGCGGUUCUUCUCAGGAAACAUUUAUUAAGAAUUUCCCAUAGACUUUUUCAGCAGAUGGGUUAUCAUUUACAGAGGCAGUGUUUCAAAUUGUAUAUUGGGUAUGGUGACAUACGGGCCCCGUCCGCACUAACCUGCCUUGUAGUACAAAUGUGCAUUUUGUAUUUCACCUAAAUUCAAUUAAUUUUCAUGAAUAUGCAUAUUAUAUAAAUAUAUAUAAAUAUAUAUAUAUAUGAACACACACGUGUGUGAGCAAAUAACUGAAUGGGGGGUAUUGUAGAUUUCUCCAUUGCUUCACUCUUAUGAUAAUGUUCUCAAUACCCAAGGGCCUUGGUCAUCUUCUGUCAUUGGAGCAUGCAGGGAAAAGUGUUGCAAAUCUAAAUUGCUUACUUCAUUUAUGUUGGACAAAUAAUAAAAUCAUAUUUACCUUGCAGUAUGAGCUACCAACUUGCAGCAUUUACCUUUAUGUAGUCUACCUACUCUUGAAAUAUGUAAUUAGGUAUAUGCACUCAUUUAAUAGCCUACAAUUGAAGCAUAACCUGUUGAUCUGUAUUCCAACGUAUUAAUUAAUGACAAGUUUCUCAAACUCCCUGUUGGAGAACUGUUAAUUAUUUUUUGAAUCACAACUACCCUGUGUGCUCCCUUUUUCUCUAUAUGCUUGUGAUUUGUUUACACUACAAACAUCAUGAGACAUUAUCAGCAAAUAUAAGUCUUCAUUAGUACACUCUAAAGGAGUAAUUGAAGUGACCCUUAAUGCUGUACUGUGGAUGUACUGUUAUUGAAAUGAUCAUAGUCUCGAAAUCCUUGCGUAGUGUCACACAGCAUUUACGCUUAGAUUGGUUGUAGUAAUCGAGUGUCAGCCAGGUAAUCAAAACUUUCUUGGUUGGACGAAGUAUUGCGCUUGCAUUUUUUUACCUGUUGGUUUGUGAUAUUUUCCAGCGAUUUUUACUGUGAUGUGACGAGUGACUUUGCAAUUUAUAUUUGAGUGGGCGAACUUGGCCAUUUUCACCUAUUGAUGCUUUUGCUUCUAGCCAAAUGAUAAAGGCUUCCAGGAUAACCAGUGUCCUUUUUAUUGAUGAAUUUCUUGUAAAUGGUGACAAAAAUUGAAGUCCAGGACCACCUUUUCUUCCCUCUUCUACCUGCAAUUCAUGUGCAUGUUUGUUGCAAGUUUACUAAUGAUCUCGUAGGCUCCCAUUCCCUUGUAGGCAGUAGACAUUCCAAGGCAUUCCAUGCUUAACUCACAUGGCAUUCCAAGCUUACAACUUUACCCUUUUUGCCCAAAUAGUUUUGAAGUGCAAACCUGGUAGGAUCAUUAUUGAUUUUUUUUUCUAUGAUUUCUAUUUAGAUUUGUAAUGCUUAAUCAAGAACUUUAAUGGUACUACAGUAUAAAAAAAAAAUAAAAAAAAAAAGUUCCUAAAAAUGCAAAAUAUGAAUUUUAUUAUCUUUUAAACAAUUCUGCUCCUACUUCAUAUGGCCAUUUUUGCUCACACAAAUUUUAUGCUUUUGGUAUGUAGAUUUCUGUAUUUUCAGGCUUGUAAGUGUAAUUGCUUUAUUAAUCACACUUCAGGUGUCCCUGAUUAUAUUUCCUCACUGACAUUUUUGAAGGUUUGUUACAUGUAUGUUCCUAUAGCAUUAUUGUUAUAAUUUUUCUCUUACCCCUUAGAGACCAAAGACAUGAAUAGUUAAUGGAUAUUUCCAUGUCAUGGAAUUUGUCAACUGACAUACUUUACCUGCUGCUGUUUCCUGCUAAUAGGUAUUCCCCUUUCCAUUUUAUCAUUGUGAUCAGGUAUCAAAUGUAUCAGUACAGUGUAGGCAAGAUGAUAGUUUGAUGCUAGUACCAAUAAAAUAAACACUAACGCCUCAUGUCUGUGAACAAGUUGUGCAGUUGUGAAUGUCUACCAAUGUGGUUUUUAUCUUAUGGCUAAUAAAGGCAAAAAAACAAAAAACUAA